ACCAGUGCGUCGGUACGACUUAAACAGUAUUAAGUAGAGUUUUAUGGAGUUUUUAUGGCACAUAACUCAGCUGUUUUACUUCACCUGAUAAGUUUUAUCUUAGAAUUAACAUUACCUACUGAUAAGCGACUAGAGUGCGAUCAAUAGCCACUUGCCAGAUUGUCGUCAAAUUUGGUUUUUCCAAUGGCUGUGAUUUAUUUAUGUCCUGCUGAUAAGAGUUUGGCGUGUUGCUGGGAGGGGUGUGUCGGUGAAAUCAAACAACAUUUUGAAAACGAACACAAUGGGUUGUUGUUUCGUACCAACAAUAUUGAAAUCGAUCUCGAUAAGUUACCAGAGAACAAACUACUAUACCUAGAAGAGGAACUAUUUCUGAUGCAAAAUUGCAUCGAUAGGGACAAACUCAUAGUUAAAUUGAGAUACCUCGGGUCGAACGAAGCAGCUGCCAAAAUGAACUACGACCUAUCCAUUGCAGUCAACGAAAUCUCCUAUCGGUACAACCCUGGAUUUUUUUCAACAGUAGUACCAACGACACAAGGCUGGGAAAUCAACCUAGAUUGUCUAAAGAGAUUCCACGCAGAAGUGAAAACCGUCACUUGCAAAAUAAUUCUAGAAGAAAUCUUCACCCAAAAGAGACGAAGCUCCGACACUUCUCUGAAAAUCAACAACAAAUUUGUCGAAAGUAACGCAAUUGACACAACCGUGGCCGAAAUGUUACACGACUUGACGUUCCUAGAAGACAAAAUCCAAAAACUACACCAACAAAAAAGCCAAGAAAGAACCCCAACUGAAGAAAGUUUGCUAGAAAUGUUAGACGGUUUGGCGUUCCUUGAAGACAAAAUUAAAUCGAAACACAGUGGUGACGAAAGCGACGACAAAAAACGCGAAAGUGGCGACUACAUGGAUAGAAUAAGCCAGUUGAACCUGUCCAUGCUGGAAGAACCCUUCACCGAGAAGUACGAAGAAUACAAAAACGAGUACCUCUCCGACUCACUACCUAACAUCCCCGAAGAACUCAACCUGUCUUGUUCCACCUGCCAUUUAGACAUGCUCCCACCCAUCUACCUUUGCGCCAAUGGUCACAACGUCUGCUCUUGGUGCAAGAGCAAACCGUGCAAACUUUGCAAUGGUACUGUGACCAUCACCAGAAAUACCCAUCUGGAAAACAUCAGCAGAACCCACUUGCACCAGUGUCGGUACUCCCCCGAAGGGUGCAGCGAACGACUCCUCUACAACGAAGUCCGCGCCCAUGAAGCCAAGUGCAACUUCUGCAAAUACAAGUGCAUGUGCGACUGUCCUUACGAAGGCAAGUUUAAGGAAUUUUCGAACCACUUGAAGAUCCUCCACAGUAGUGUGAAGAUCGUCCAACACCCGAAAGCCGAUUUUCCCAAAAAUUCGGAGCUCUAUAUUGUCCACAACACUGUCGGAAUCUUCCACUGUAAGUCGGAGAUUGUAGACGAUUUUCUGAUUUGGAGGGCGACGUUUUGCGGGCCGAGUGAGAGGCAGUUUUUUUGCGAGAUUGCGUUCAAAGGGAGCAAGUAUAAGGAGCCGAUUUUUUUGAAAAGGAAGGGGAAUGUUUACGAAAUUAGGAAACCGCUGGCGGAGUUGAAGAAGAACAAGGCCAAGGAGAAAUACGCAGUGUUGACUAUUACGAGCUAUGAUAGUUAAUUUAUUGCAAUUAUAAAUGAUGAAUAAAAUAUUUAUGACGUG